AUGAAGUGUAAGAAAGUGGGUCAUUAUGCAAGUGUAUGCCAGACAAAACCCAGCAAUGAUUCAACAACCGCAAACAAGUCAGUUGGUAGAAAGAGAGGGCCUGGAAAAACAAAAUACCUGGAAGUGGUCAAGGAGGAAACAGAGGAUGACGAAGUUCUGGGCAUUUUUGCAGUGAAAGAUUCUGGAAAAGAUGAACACAUUCUGAUUUUCAUGUCAGUGAUGUUGGAUCAUAAGAGUUGUAAAAUGCAAUUGGAUACCGGAGCCACAGUGUCUAUCUUACCUAAGGUCCUGUAUGAUCAGCAGUUUAACCAAUGGCCCUUACAUGGUACCAAGAUGAAGUUGAAGGCUUACAAUGGUGUCUGAAUUCCUGUCUAUGGGGAGGUUCAUUUGCCUGUGGUCUAUGAACAACAGGAACUGGUGCUACCUUUGAUUGUUGUGGAUGGAGAGGGCCCUCCACUGCUAGGCAGAAACUGGUUGGAGCAACUGAAGUUAAAUUGGCACAAUACCUGUCAUGUGAGCAAGGCUGACACUGUCUGA